AUGGUGAAGGAACGGGGUGGUGAAGCAAUGGAGGAGGAGAAGGUGGCGCGCCGCCGCGAAUGGGAUUGCGGGAGCGCACUGUACGACUCCUACGAGCUCGCGUCGGUGUACGGCCUCGUCGACAGCAACCUCAUGGCGCUGCCGUUCGCCAAGCGUUCCGCGGCGCCGGACACGACGGCGGAGCGAUCUCCGGCGAGGAGGAGGAGGACGGCGGCGGCGAAGGAGCAGCGGAGGAGGAAGGCCGCGGCGGCGAAGAAGAAAGGCAAGGCGGUGCUGCGUUCCAUCUUCAGGUCGGUCACCUGCAGCAGGAGGCUGUAGCCUGUAACAGAAUUGAUCCAUCCUGCGUGAGUGAUCAUUUCGUCUUCGUCGAGCGAGAUGAUUGAGAAAAUUAACGACAUGACAUGGAUUGAUAUGGAUUGGCUCACCAGUUUUG